AUGCCCGAACUUUAAUCUUUGUUGAUCGUCAAGAAGCAGCAGACAAUCUUUUACGCGAUCUAAUUCGCAAAGGCUAUCCAUGCAUGUCACUGCAUGGUGGAAAAGACCAACUAGAUCGGGAUAGUACUAUUGCCGACUUCAAGUCUGGGGUAUGUCAGCUGUUAAUUGCCACAUCUGUCGCCGCGCGUGGCUUAGACGUUAAGCAAUUAAAGCUUGUCAUCAAUUUUGAAUGUCCAAACCACAUGGAAGAUUAUGUACAUCGCGUUGGCCGAACAGGAAGGGCGGGUAAUAAAGGUACUGCGUAUACAUUUAUUACUCCUGAGCAAGAUCGGUAUGCGAUGGAUAUCGUUAAAGCGUUGAAAUUAAGUGGAGGACAUGUGAGCCCCGAAUUGCAGCAACUUGCUGAUG